AGACUGGUUUAUUCUCUUACAAGUGAGACCUGUCAAGAAGAGGACCUUUUGCUUGUGAUGGCUGGUUUUAUGAAACCCGUGAAUACCUUUAAAGAUGAAUUAACUUGUUUUAUGUGCCUUCAGGUAUUUACAUAUCCAGUUUCGCUCAAUUGCUCACACAGUUUCUGCCUCAAAUGCAUUCAGGAUCAUCUGAAGCACAAAGCAGCAGCUGACAAGUACAGUUGCCCCGAAUGCCACGCUGAGUUUGAGGUGAAGCCAAGACUAGUGAAAAAUGGAGAACUGUCUGACAAGGUGCAGCAGCAUGCGCGGUGUCAUGAGAACGGCAUUAUCUGUGAUUACUGUCUGGAAGAAGAGUCCCCCGCCGUGAUGAGCUGCCUUCAGUGUGAAGCCUUCUUCUGCAUGACCCAUCUCCGUCCCCACAGCGAGAAGGUGUACCUGAAAGACCACGUCCUGGUGGAGCCUGCAGAGGCAAUGUCCUUGAGAAAGUGCCCCGAGCACAAGGAAAUCCUGAAGCUCUUCUGCAGAGACCAUGGCACUUGCAUCUGCAUGCUCUGCUGUAUCGUGGGCCAGCACAAGCAGCACCCCGUGUGUACCAUAGAGGAAGCAAAAAAAGAAGCAGAGGAUUCCCUUGUUGAGAAAUUACAGGACCUUAAUACAAAGAAGAUUAAAAUAAAGGAUGCAAUAAAACAGCUUCGAGAAAUACACUCUCAUUCACAGGAUGCAUAUUCAGCCUUCCAUGAAAAAGCAGUUCAUCACUACAAACAGAUAAAAGCCCUCAUUGAAGAAGAUGAACUACAGGCUCUGCAGUUCAUUGAGUCCGAAAGGCAGGUUGCCAUUUCACACAUUGAAUCCCAGACCAAGGAGCAGGUGGAGGAGCUAGAUGAUAUGGAAAGAACUAUCCAACAGAUUCACGCCCUUUUAAACCAGACUGACACUGUAAGAUUCCUUAAGGGUGUGAACUGCAAUGAAUAUAGAAUUCACUCCAUACUGAGGAAGCAACAGCUAAUUGUUCAUGAAACAGUCGUCGACGAAGAAAAACUUUCAUCCUUAAUUAAAUCCAUUACUAAGCUUUCAAACAGUUUAACAAAACAGACUGCCUCUGUCAGGAAGGCCUUUUUGGCAUAUGCAACAACUGUCACUUUGGACCCUGGAACUGCAAAUGAAAAUCUAAUUUUAUCAGAAAAUCGAACCGCUGUGCACUACACAGAUGAACCUGUGAAAUCCCCGUACAAUCCCAAGAGGUUUGAUGACACCUUGUACGUGCUGGGGUGCGAGGGGUUCAACUUUGGACGGCACUACUGGGAAGUGGUUGUAAAAAGCAAGACAGACUGGGAGAUUGGCGUUGCAUAUUCUUCACUACCCAGGAAAGGGAAAACCUGGCUGGGGAGAAAUAACAUUUCAUGGUCUCUGGAUUGCAGCGGAGGCCAGUGCACAGGAUGGCAUAAUAAUAGAUCCACAAAACUGAACAUGAAACCCAAUUUAGAAAGAGUUGGUGUGUAUUUGGAUUACACAGGGGGCAUGUUGUCUUUUUAUGAUGCUGAAAAGAUGACUCUGUUACUGUCUUUUUAUAGUAAAUUCACUGAAGCAGUCCAUCCUGUGCUCAACCCGUGUAACAGCAAAGGAGGAAACUUUGCACCUUUAAUAGUUCUCUAGUGCAAACGUAUUCUGAAAAAUUAGAAUUAACAUAAGAUAGAUGUAUAAUGCAAUGCAUGUGUACUAAUGCAUUUGACUAUGAUAAUAUUAAAAAAAUAAAACAGCAGUAAUGUCAUACUUCAGGAUGUUGUAGUUCUUAUUGUCCCUGAGGUAUCAUUUUUUUCUUCGUCUGAAAGUAUAAAAUAAUGACAUGAUACAUUACAAUGCCGUUAUUUGCCAGUGAUGUUAUUAUUGACAUCAGACUAUUUCUAAGUUUUAUAAUCUUUAUUAUCCUAAAAUUCAGAUCUUUUUCACCAGACGCAUUCAGGGUUUAAAAUUAUAGCUUGCAGCCCAACAGAUUUUUUUGUCUAAUUGUAUUGGUACCAGUAUUAAUACAUUUAUAUUGUGAAUGUUUUAAGAAUCUGUAUGUUGUGAACAGUGUAGUGUACAGCAUUUAACUUGACGAAACACCUUUCUACUUGACUUAGUUUUGAGUUUAUUAAAAACAGAAAAUGAAGCAACUGUUUCCACUUUUAGUCUAUAUUCUAUACAACAAAAGUAUUCUGCUCUUAAUAAUCAAAGACUAUAGCUCGAACCUAAAUCCACAAAUUAUCUUUUAACAAUUAUUAUUUUAGUAAAAUAAUAGUUAUAUUUUCUAUAAUUAGAUAAAGCUAUGAACUGUAAAUGCACAAGAGACAAACAAUGUGUUAUUUAUAAGUGAGACUGGGACAUUUUGUAUACAAGAAAUAAUAAUAAUAUUGAAUUAUUUUCAGGAAAUGCUUGUCAAAUGGAAGUACAUGAAUUGAAUAGCUUUGCAUUAAAUAAUGCAUUUUGCUCUGGUACAUGUUUAUUUUUAGAUUUGAUUUUGACGCGGAUGACGUUAGAAAUUCUUUAUUCUAUAGGAGUCUUGAACACUCAUAAUGUAUUCAACAACACUUCUUAACAUUUAAAUCCAUCUCCAGGCUAUAUUCUGGAACUUUUUUUUGUUUAAUCUUUAUUGUAGUUAACACAGAUAUGAUAUGGCAGAUUAGCAGUGCUGUCAGAUACGUGGAGAAUAAAUACACAAUCAACUAUUUGUACCAUAAAAACAAUAAUCUAAAUGUCGAAAAUUAAAUUCCAUUUUGCAGUUAAAUACAAUGGCAUAUCAAACAAGUAUAAUAUGAAAUGUAUUUAAAACUGUGUUCCAAUUUUAACAAAACUUAAUUAUCACAAUCAAGAUUUUGAAAAGCAAUACGAAGUCGAUAAAUGUGUGUGUAAGUGUUGGUGUGUUUUUAACAGAAUGCAAUGUCUGUUUUUAAAUGAAAUGUCAUGACAGAAAUUAAAUCCAAGUAAUG